AUGGCCACGAGGCUGCCGUAUCGACCGUCGAAUGACUCCCUGUCCGCCUCAAAUCCGAAGACCAAUGGACUGCCUCGAUUAUCCCCUGCAACUUCCUUCAUCGGACGAUCCCCAAGCGGCUCUCACGCUUCGAUACGACGCUCUUCAGCGGAAAAUGCGGUGGGGUUCAAGCAGCGCCGAUGCAAGUCGCAAUAUCCGCUAGACUCGCCGGAGCGCCACGUGGAAUACAUUCUGGUAGCAUCGUUCCAUAUUGAUCGUGGACCGAUCAUGGAGCAUCAGUAUCCGGCUGCUAUCAGUGGCGAUGAGAGCAUGCUAGCAGAGCUGAUGCUUCCGGAUCAAACGCAUGUGCGAAGUCAAGAUUGGACGAUUUUCUUUUUACAUAAGGACACCAGUGGCGAGGACGAAGAAGACGAGGAAAACGGGAAGAAAAAGAAAAAGCGAAAGUCCCGAUACCGUGCGAAUGAAGAAGCUGCCGGUCUCCCGGAUGAAGAUGACAAUCCUGAUGAGGCAUCCGACGGCGACAGCAGUGAUGAUGACGAGGGCGGAGAAGGUCCGCCCUUGAUGUAUGUGUUGAACUUGGUGAACACCAAGCAGGAUAAUACUGUUCGGCGGUAUGACGAUAAUCUCAAAAAUAACCACGAUGUUCUUGUGCUGACAGGGAAUCCAGAGGUGCAGUCGUCAAGGCGAUGGCAAUUUCCACUUCUUCUUCUCGCCCUUGAGGAUUACUUCAAGUCUCCCUUCCCGGAAACCCUCGCAUCUCUUUACGACGCCGUGAACGCCAUGGACCUCUCAUUGAUGCCGAAAAUGUCCAUACUAGAGCGUCAUAUCUUGCAAUCUAGCAACACAAAGGAUAUGUUUAUCGAAAAGUUUGAACAAAUGAUUCGCCAACGGGAAGAAGAGGAAGUGGAGGAUGGAGAAUGCCCUCCAUCUCCGAAGAAAAUGAGCCGAUACGGCCUACCACGGGACACCCAUGAAUUUGAGUCGAAAGUGGUCUAUAACGACAUACCCAUUCCCGUCAAAAUCCCCACGGUAAUCUGGCCGGAGACUGUGGGUGACUUUUCACUCAUCAAACUUGUUCAAACCUUUGCGGGGCCCCAUGCUACAGCCCCGCAACCUUUCCCGAGUCAUCCUCAUUUAACCACCAGUGGUCCUUUCACGCAUCCCAUCAUUGUCCUUGUCAAUGCCAUCCUGACACAAAAACGCGUUGUUUUCCUAGGGCAUAAUCGACCGUCGGGUGAGGUGGCGGAAGCAGUGCUUGCUGCUUGUGCUCUUGCAUCCGGUGGAAUUCUGCGCGGAUUUACUCGGCAUGCUUUCCCUUAUACCGAUUUAACCAAGAUCGAUGAUCUUCUCAAAGUUCCUGGUUUCAUUGCUGGAGUAACUAAUCCAACCUUUGCCAACCACCCGGAAUGGUGGGAUAUUCUGUGUGAUCUGCCAACCGGUCGUAUGAAGAUCUCAAGCCAUGUUGAGACCGCCCCGGUCACAGAAGGCCUUCUGUUUUUCCAACAACAAAAUUCAUUACUCCCGAACCAUACUUCGAGUGCGAACUCUGAUCCGACUGGAGACAAUUUAUUCAUGGAAGACAUUUUACGCAGCAUCAGCCAACGCCAUGGUGAAAACGCAAUCCGAGCGAAAUGGCGUGCCUAUAUCACCAAGUUCGUUCGAGUUGCUGCAGCAUUUGAAGAAGCUGUUUACGGAGCUUCGAACCUUUAUAUAAUCGGCCCUGGCGAGGAACUAUCACCCGAUAGUCCAACUGGUCACCAGGCUGAUUCUACAGACCCGUCUUCUCUCCGAGGACAUGGAUAUGUCUGGCCCGACGAGCUUGCCAAGCAGCGUGAACUUUCAGCAUCAGUAUCACGGAUUGAGGGAUGGCGAAAUACCCGAUCAUAUUACUCCUAUAUUCAAGAUAUUGCUGCCAUGUAUUUCCCUGCUCGGCCAAUUCAACGGCCUGACCUGCACCAUCAUCUUGACCGCUUACGCCAACUGAAGCUUUCCCACUCCGAUUCAGGCGCAAUCUACUUGGCACUUUCACAUUCUGUAAAGGACUACGCCGGUAUCUGCCAACUAUUGACGGUCGCCCCCGAGAAUCAAGCAGGGCUUUUCUACCUCAGCAUGGGCCUCUUCCACCCAGAUCAGGUUGUGCGUGAAGCAACAGUAGAUCUUCUCGAUCGCAUUGCCCUGCACCCAGCGGGGCGACACUUCUGGGCUCAUCUCAGUCGCUUUAUAAAACUAGGUUACUUCCGAGUAAAACGAGAACGCGAUUCUGCCCAAAGCCCCAUCUCGGGUGUAGGACCCCCCGUCAUGAGCAACCCCGGUACUAGCUUCGGCGGAGAGCCCCAGAGCCUGGUCGGAGUGGCUCUUGGGGACAGCUUCCAAAGGAGGAGCUGA